CGACCUUCAACGCAGAGCGAGGCACUAAGGUUCCGGCCUAGAGCCCAAUAGGAAGAAGGCAAGAAAGCAGCGGAGAGAGAGGAGCGGCUGGGCUUUGCUUCCAGAGGCCUAGAUCGAGGAAUAUUAUUUGAACUGAUGAUGUCAUUGAAUCCACCUAUGAUUUUAAUAGAAAACCAUGAACAGAAUCAGGGAGAAAAAAGAAGUUCUGAAUGCCUGAAAAGCCUAAAUGCAGAGGCUGAAACCAGAAAGCAAGAAUCCCCUAUUGAAAGCUUAAGUCUAGCAUCUCAGGCUGUGCUUGAAAGAGCCCAAAAGCAAGGGAGAUCAAAAUGUCCAAGGUGUAAUAGUUCGAGGAUGUUCUACUGUUACACAUGCUAUGUUCCUGUUGAAACUGUCCCUACCAGAGAAAUUCCUACUGUGAAGCUUCCUUUGAAAAUUGAUAUAAUUAAGCACCCCAAUGAAACUGAUGGCAAAAGUACAGCUGUACAUGCCAAGCUCCUGGCACCUGAAGACGUUACCAUUUACACAUAUCCUUGUAUUCCAGACUAUGAAGAAACAAAACAUGAAAUUGCACUGAUCUUUCCUGGGCCUAAUUCCAUUUUAGUAAAUGACAUCCCUCACUCUUUGCAAAACAAAUGUAAGAAGAAUGUCAGUAAUGAUAAGGAUGGGGACACAGCAACAGAACCAGCCCUCAAGAAUGCCAGAGUUGAAUUGGGCGAUGACUGCAAUUUGGAUGAACAAUUGGACAGCAGGAGCAAAAAUACCCCACUGAAGAAAAUUAUAUUUAUUGACAGUACCUGGAACCAGACAAACAAAAUAAUCACAGAUGAGCGACUCCAAGGAUUGCUACAAAUUGAAUUGAAAUCAAGGAAAACCUGCUUUUGGCGCCACCAAAAAGGAAAGCCUGAUACCUACUUGUCUACUAUUGAAGCAAUUUAUUACUUUUUAGUAGACUAUCACAAGGAUCUCUUAAAGGAAAAAUAUGAAGGGCAGUAUGACAACUUGCUUUUUUUCUUCUCAUUUAUGUACAGACUGAUAAAAAAUGCCAAGUGUUCUGUGGGAAAAGAAUAAAAUAUCCCUCGCAUCAGUGGCAUAAAACCAAAACUUCCAUUAUGAUCCAUUGCACAUGGUUCUGGAAAACUUACCAUUCAGGUUUGAAUUACAGAAAUGUUAUUGUAUAGUUGGCUAGAAUACUGUUCAGAAUACUAAAAAGUUCCUGCCCCUUGAAUUUCCAUACCCAAAGCAUAUAACAUCAGGCAUAUUUCUGUUGGGUUGCUGUGGGAGUGUUGGCCGAAACAAAAGCGAUUCUGUUGCAUCUAAAUAGAAAUGUUUUCCAGUUGUAAUGAACAGUGGGGAGGCACCAGGCUCACAAGGUAGGAUUUUGAAGAGAAGUGAUGUCCAAUGUAACUACCGUGGAGUUCCAUCAGUGUAGUUAUGUCUGAUAAUGCAGGAUCUUUGGCCCUAUACAGACAGGCCAAAAUAAAGCUGCUUCAGGUCACUUUGGAGGUAUGCUGUUUAAAUGAUGCAUGUGUCCUAAGAGUUUGGAA